AUGGCCGACAUUGACGAUGAGCUUUUGGCUCUUGCCGGAGGUGGAGAGUCCUCAGAUGAGGAGGAAGUGAUGUCAGAGGCCGAGAGCAGGGCGCCGUCCGCAUCACCUCCCCCUAAGGCAGCAGCAAAGAAAUCAGUGGCAAAGAAGGUGAAGAAGCGCACAGGAGGGGAGGAUUCGGAAGAAGAAGGCGAGGCAUCAUCCGCGAUCGGCAGCCCGAACUCGAUAGGGUCGGCCGCAAUGGACGAGUCCGACUCCGAAGCCGAGCAGCACAGCGGCCGCGCCGGCGCCCACGACGACGACGAAGAGGAUAAGUACCCCGUCGACGGAAUGUUUAGGAGCGCUGCCGAGAAGGAGCAGGUGAUGGCGAUGCGCGAGGUUGAGAGGGAGUCACUGUUGGCAGAACGCCAGGCCGAGAUCGAGCGCCACCGACAGAACCGCAUGCUGCGCCAGCUCGUCGGCGAGAGGGAGAACGAGGAGAAGAAGCAGAAGCUGAAGAAGCGCAGCGCGGACGCCGCUGAUCUGGAGGAUGGCGCGCGUAAGACAUCGCGUCCUCGCACGGAUGGUAAGACGUCGGCGAUAGAUACGCUGCGUCGCGCCCGCGCGGAGAAGAGCGAUCGUGCUCGUAGGAGGGAAGAGGAUCGCCAGAGGGGCAACCAGUCUCCGCGCGACGACGAUUACGGUGGCCGCGACGAGAGCGACGGCGAGGACGACUACGACGAGCGCAACCGCCGUCGUCGCAAGACGAGGUCGCCCGAGGACGAGAUCGUGGCGCGCGAGUUGCCGCCGCCUGACAUGCGCGACUUUGAGCGGAUUCGUGUGGGCAAGAGUCGGUUUGCGGAGUAUUGCUUCAAUCCCGGCUUUGAGUCCGCAAUGACUGGUUGCUAUGUUCGCAUUAGUCUGGGGCCCGACCCAAAGACUGGUGCGGACGAGUAUCGCAUGGCGCGCAUCCAAGCCAUCACUGUGGGCAAGCCGUACGCCAUGACCGGCCCAGGUGGCUCAUUCGUGACUGACCAGUACGUCUUGGCUGCGCACGGCAAGGCGGAGAGACCAUUUCCCUUCAUCUUCCUGUCCGAUAGGCCGUUCACAGAGCGCGAGUACAACCGUUACGAGAAGGUCAUCCAAGCAGAUGGUCUCAACAUGCCGAAGAAGCAAACACUCCUCGACAAGAUUGACGACAUUAACCACCUCGUCAACUACCACCUCACAACCACAGAAAUCGACGAGCGCAUCCAGCGCAAGUCCGCUCUCCGCAAGAAGUUCGACCCGAAGAUCCGCGAGCGUCUCGCGCAGGACAUCGACAUUGCUCGGGCUCAGGGCAACACCAGGAAAGCGGAAGAUCUUCAAGAACAACUCGACGAUCUCAAGACCAACGUUCUCGCAUUCAAGACCAGCCUCAGCGACAGCCAAUCCAAGCCCAGCGCGACCUCCCAGCAGGACCGCCUCGCCAACAUCAACCGUCAACGCCGACUGCAGAACGCGGAAAAUGUCCGCAAGGCGCAGCUCAAAGAGAAGGCCGAGGCGCGCAAGCUCGAGGCCGCGCUGGAGAGAGGCGAAGACAUCAAGAACGACCUGUCACGGCGUCUACGUACCAAGGCCAAGUUCAUCCACGACGUCAAAGACGGCGUCAAGAAGCCUUCCAGCACGAACGGCAGCAACGCAAGUACCCCGGCCAAUGGCACGCCUCAACUUGGAGCGCAGAAGUCAGGGUCCCUGCUGCCCCAUCUGGCCAAGCUGCAGGCCGCGAACCAGGAGAAGAAGGGCAUUCCCACCAUUCACAAACCUCUUAUGGAUGACGACAUCAUCGGAGCUUUGGACCUCGAUAUUGAUGUCGAGAUCGACUAG